UAUAGCGUGACCCUAUUUUAUCUCUUGGUUUCCAACAGCCCUCCCAAGUUAGAUAUUCCUUUGAAAACUCAAUAUUUCUUUCCAAGGAGAAUGGAGACCAUUUCAGGGAUACCUCUGGUCGACUUUGCCGCCAUGAGCGUUGAGCACGACACCAUAUCAUCUUAUUCAGAUGAACAAGUGCAAAAGAUUGCGAAGCAGAUCCACCAAGCUUUCAGCUCUGUUGGCUUUGUUUACCUAAAAAAUCAUGGAAUCUCGGAAGACACGGUCGAAGGAACGUUUGGUGUUAUGGACAAAUUCUUCACACUUAGUAAAAACCUCAAGAAAAAGUACGGAAAGAAGGACGAGUUAGAUUCAAAUGGAUGGGAAGCUUUGGAAAGAGAAAUCACUGACCCAACAAAGCCAGGUGACCUAAAGGAAUCUUUUGAUAUCAGCGCUUUUGAUGACAAGAAAUUUCGCUGGCCAGUAGAGGUACCUGAGCUCCAAACAACAGUUAAGAGCCUUUUUGAUCUUCUUAGUCGUCUUGGGGAUAGGGUGCUAAGUGCAAUGGCUAUUGGUCUUGGACUGCCUGCAGAUGUCUUCAAGAGUUAUUACAAAGAUGUUGGAACACUCAAUGGCACAGCUCUCUUGCGCUUCAAUUAUUACCCAAGAAUAACUGACAUCGAACACAUCAAGCCUGGUCAAAUACGAUGUGGAGAACACACUGACUAUGGUGGAAUAACUCUUCUUUUCCAAGAUGAUGCAGGAGGACUGGAGGUUGUCAACAGAGAGAAGAUGUUUGUCCCAGCGACUCCAAUUCAGGGUACAAUACUUGUAAACAUUGCAGACUUGAUGCAAAGGUGGACGGCAGAUAAAUUUGUGUCAACGGUUCACAGAGUCAUAAUUCCAGAGGAGGAGCUCAAGCGAAGCACCCCUAGACGUUCUGUUGCAUUCUUUUAUGAUCCUGACUGGAAUGCUAAGAUUACUUGCUUGGAUGGUUCAAACAAAUACCCAAAAAUCAAAUGUGGCAAAUAUGUCUCACAACUCAUGAAAGGCAGUUUCAGCUUCUAAGCAUUUUGAAGGAAAACUGUGUAAUCAUAAUUGGCAAGUAAAGGGAUAACUAGGAAAACAGAUGUUUUCAAGUUUGCACUUAUAUGAAGGAAUUAAAAGCCUUGCCACCUUUUAAAUUACAAACAUACUUGUCAAAAAAUAUCCAAAUCAGAGUACAUUACUUUAGUUUCCAGUGAAUUCCUUCAUACAACUGCAUAUCAUAAACACUAAUUUAGCUCAAAUCCUAGUUAGCAAUGUGAACUUUCCUGUAAUCAAUUAUACAAAACAACAAACGUAUCCAUUAAGAAAUACCAUUUCAAAAUUUACAUUUAAAUUUAAACUCCUGAAGAAAAGCAAUAGUACAUGACUUGUAUAAAUACCGACAGUUGUAUUCAAAACACCAGUUGAAAAAAAUAUUUUUCAACAAAGAGUGAGUAUUUCCAAACACUGCAAAUAUUUUUACCUUGUAUAUCCAUAACUAAUAAAUUCAACCUUGAAUAGUGA